CGCUGCUGCUCUGUCCGCGCGAGUCCUCGCAACUGUCUCCGCGUGGCGCGAGCCUCGAGCCUCGAGCCUCGCUCUUCCCCCUGACGGCGGCGACAGGAGGAGCGCAGGCGAGAGGCGGCGGGCUCCAUGGAGAAAGGCGGACGCCGGGGCAGAGGCGGCGCUUCCAUCCCGGCACCCGGGCUCCAGUGACCCGCGCUCGCGUCCUGCACCGCGUCGGAGCGGCCGUCGGCCCCGGGACUAACCGGCCUCGCUGCCACUCCCCGCGCCGCCGCCUUUCUACCGGCGCGCCGAGCCACCGACUCGCCCUCGCCCCUACUCCCCGGCGGGGUGGCGGCGGCUGGGCCCCCUCGGCGGCGGCCGGAGCAGCCUCGGCAGCAAGAGCCCGCCUCUAUGAUGAAGUUCAAGCCCAACCAGACGCGGACCUAUGACCGCGAGGGCUUCAAGAAGCGGGCGGCGUGCCUGUGCUUCCGGAGCGAGCAGGAGGACGAGGUGCUGUUGGUGAGUAGCAGUCGGUACCCAGACCAGUGGAUUGUCCCAGGAGGAGGAAUGGAGCCUGAGGAGGAGCCCGGCGGUGCUGCCGUGAGGGAAGUUUAUGAGGAGGCAGGAGUCAAAGGAAAACUAGGAAGACUCCUGGGUAUAUUUGAGAACCAAGACCGAAAGCACAGAACAUAUGUUUAUGUUCUUACAGUCACUGAAAUAUUAGAAGACUGGGAAGAUUCUGUUAAUAUAGGAAGAAAGAGAGAGUGGUUCAAAGUAGAAGAUGCAAUCAAAGUUCUCCAGUGUCAUAAACCUGUACAUGCAGAGUAUCUGGAAAAGCUAAAGCUGGGUUGCUCCCCAAGCAAUGGAAAUUCCACAGUACCUUCCCUUCCAGAUAAUAAUGCCUUGUUUGUGACUGCCGCACAGACCUCGGGGUUGCCAUCUAGUGUAAGAUAGAGAGUUUGGGGAGGGCCUCCCCGACCAUGUGUGAUCUCUUGGGGAGAGGCUUCUUCACUUUCCUUGGCAAACAUCUGAAUGAUGCUCGCAACUGUCUGAAUUUGCCAUGCAGGGAUUUCAAACAAUUUGCAUGUUUUUCAGAUGCUUUCAAAUCUUCUUUUUAAAAAAAAAAGUGUAAAAUAUUUUUAAUAAGCCAAAGCCAUGUGGAAUUUUUUUAGAUGCCUUAACUGUGCCCCCUCAUGUUAUUUUUGUCAUUUUUUUCCACAGCAUUUUUUUAGGGUUUUUGUUUUGAUCUGUCCAUUUGGCAUCAGUCUUUUAUCAGAUCAAAUUACUUGUGGGUAUGUUCCCCCUAAAUUGUUUUCUCAUUUGCAGCAUUAAUAUAGUCAACAAAUCUUUCUGUGGUGGGAAUUAAUGGAAAAUAUUCGUAGUAUUAAAGAAAUCCAUCCAUUCCAGAACUUGUUUCAUAGGAUAAGAAUUUAAAAUCAUAAAUUGCACAUUUGGACUGUCUCUGUAUGGUCCUUAACUGUUCGGGCAAAGGACUUCAAUUUGAUAUUUGGGAAAUUUGUCAACUCUUCUCUAAAUUUGCAUAAUUAGUAUUAUUAUGUUACUGUCAACCUGAAAUGGCUAUUUUCCCUAAAAUUCAAUAGUAAUUUAACACAAAAUAUUACUCUAUAGUGAGUUGGUGAUUUUUACGGAAAUACUGUUAGCAAAAUGCAUGAUGUAGUAAAUACAUCUUAUCAUGAAGACAGUAUUCACGGAAUUUAUUUAGCAUGCUCAGUUGCCAAUUCCCUUUGUCAUUGAUCUCUUACAUAGAAUAUCUUGGAACCAUAUUUCCCUCAAUGUUAAUUGCCCUUAAAACAUUUUCAGUUUUAAUUUAGAUUUACCAAAAACCACAGGAUUAGAAUCUCACCUUCAGGGCCAAGUCAGUGAUGGCUGCACCACAGUGAAAUACAAAGGCCACCUUGCUGUUCAGCUGCUGUGGGCUUAAGAUUGUUAAGGCACCUUCAAAUGCCUCAUCUUUUUUAGGUUGUCAGUAAUUACUAUUUGUCAUAACUUUUGGGGCACUAAACACACCUGAACUAAAAAUUAUUUCAUCUUACCCUUUAUACUCACUUUAAAAAUCAGGCAUCCCAUCUAAAACAAAUAAGUACCUGGAUUGAAACUCCUGCACUUCCCCCAACAAGGUCAGAAAUAAGGGGAGAGGAAAAAAAAACACUUU